GAGGAGCAGGACCUGGCAGCGGGCGAGAAGGCUUGCGAGCCAGCCCCGAACCGGGCGGGCGGCGGGCGCGCGCACCAUGGGGGAGAAGCCGGGGACCAGGGUCUUCAAGAAGUCGAGCCCCAACUGCAAGCUCACCGUGUACUUGGGCAAGCGGGACUUUGUCGACCACCUGGACAAAGUGGACCCGGUCGAUGGCGUGGUGCUCGUGGACCCUGACUACUUGAAGGACCGCAAAGUGUUUGUGACCCUCACCUGCGCCUUCCGCUACGGCCGAGAAGACCUGGACGUGCUGGGCCUGUCCUUCCGCAAAGACCUGUUCAUCGCCACCUACCAGGCCUUCCCCCCGACGCCCAGCCCGCCCCGGCCGCCCACCCGCCUGCAGGAGCGGCUGCUGAGGAAGCUGGGCCAGCAUGCCCACCCCUUUUUUUUCACAAUACCCCAGAACCUGCCCUGCUCCGUCACGCUACAGCCGGGACCGGAGGACACGGGGAAGGCCUGCGGGGUAGACUUCGAGAUUCGAGCCUUCUGUGCCAAAUCUCUAGAAGAGAAAAGCCACAAAAGGAACUCUGUGCGACUGGUAAUCCGCAAGGUGCAGUUUGCCCCAGAGAAGCCCGGCCCCCAGCCCUCGGCUGAAACCACACGCCACUUCCUCAUGUCUGACCGGUCCCUGCACCUUGAGGCUUCCCUGGACAAGGAGCUGUACUACCACGGGGAGCCCCUCAAUGUCAAUGUCCAUGUCACCAACAACUCCACCAAGACCGUCAAGAAGAUCAAAGUCUCUGUGAGACAGUACGCCGACAUCUGCCUCUUCAGCACUGCCCAGUACAAGUGUCCCGUGGCCCAGCUCGAGCAGGACGACCAGGUGUCUCCCAGUUCCACGUUCUGUAAGGUGUACACCAUCACCCCGCUGCUUAGUGACAACCGGGAGAAGCGUGGCCUCGCCCUGGAUGGGAAACUCAAGCAUGAGGACACCAACCUGGCCUCCAGCACCAUUGUGAAGGAGGGCGCCAACAAGGAGGUGCUGGGGAUCCUGGUGUCCUAUAGGGUCAAGGUGAAGCUGGUGGUGUCUCGAGGCGGGGAUGUCUCUGUGGAGCUACCUUUUGUCCUGAUGCACCCCAAGCCCCCCGACCACAUCACCCUGCCCAGACCCCAGUCAGCGGUUCCCGAAACAGAUGUCCCCGUGGAUACCAACCUCAUCGAAUUUGAUACCAACUAUGCCACUGAUGACGACAUCGUGUUUGAGGACUUUGCCCGGCUUCGGCUGAAAGGGAUGAAGGAUGAUGACUACGAUGACCAGUUCUGCUAGGAAGAAGGGCUGGACCAAGACCCCCACGGUUGCGGGGGGCAGGGUGGCCCGGCCUCUCUUCCCUUCCCCUCCAUCCAGCAUUCCUCAACCAUCCCCAGCCCCCUCUCCCCAUCCCCCCACCCAAGAUACGCACUGGACCCAUCUCCUGUUCAAAGUGGGCAUUAAUUUUUCACAGCUCUGCUUCCCCAGCCCUCCAUGGGUAGCAGGCUGAGUUCAUCCCUACAUCUUUCAGAGGGAGGGCACUGAACAGAGAAGUGAUAGGAGGGGAAGGGGGAGAAAGAACUCCCGCACUCAGCCUCACACCAACACGCCCCUCCACUCCCGUCACUCUGCCUCCCGUGCCUCCAAGACAAGACCCUGGGGUGGGGGCAGGGGCUGGCGAGGCUGUCGCUUUGUUUCUUGAGCAUAAAGAAGCAAAUAAACCUUUUAA